ACGACUUUCUCCAUUCCUUAACCAUGAAAACCUUCAAUUCUUUCAGCAUCUCCACUCUUCUCAUCAUUGCUUUCCUCUCAGCCUCCGCCCAUGCUGCCACUUUCGACAUCCGAAACAAUUGUCCCUACACAGUCUGGGCUGCAGCGGUACCUGGCGGUGGUCGAAGGCUAGACCGAGGCCAAACAUGGACCAUCAACGUGGCAGCCGGCACAGCCGGAGCUCGUAUCUGGGCUAGAACAAACUGUAAGUUCGAUGGAAACGGCCGUGGCAGCUGUCAGACCGGUGACUGCGGUGGAGUUCUUCAAUGCACUGCCUACGGUAGACCACCUAAUACUCUAGCAGAAUACGCACUGAACCAGUUCAAUAACCUGGACUUCUUCGACAUUUCCCUUGUUGAUGGCUUCAAUGUGCCGAUGGAUUUCAGCCCUACAUCCAAUGGCUGCACCCGGGGCAUCAGGUGCACCGCCGACAUAAAUGGGCAGUGCCCGAAUCAGCUUCGAGCUCCAGGAGGUUGCAACAAUCCAUGCACUGUUUUCAAGACUGAUCAGUACUGCUGCAACUCAGGCAGCUGCGGGCCGACCGACUAUUCCAGGUUCUUCAAGACUAGGUGCCCGGAUGCAUACAGCUAUCCGAAAGAUGACAAGACUAGCACAUUCACUUGCCGAGGAGGAACCAACUAUAGGGUUGUCUUUUGCCCAUGAAAAGAUCCUUAAAACAAAGACUUGCUUGAGACUAGUUAAAUAUUUAUACAUGCAUGGCACAAUAAUUUGCUGGACACAACACAUAAUGUCAUCUGCAAAUGCAAUAUUCAGUUCAAAUAAAAACUAUGAACUGAUAAUAAAGUUAAUAGCUACUGGAUGUUCGUGUUA